AUGGUCAGUGGGCACAUGACCUAUGAAGAGAGGCUGAGGGAUGCAAGACUGCAUGGGCAUGAGGCUUUGGAAGGACCUCGUGGCAGCCUGCCAAUAUCAAAAGUAGAGGUUAUGAAGAAAGUGGAGCGAGACUCCUCACAAAGAUCUUUCAUCCAGUCAGAUGGCAUAAUAGAAAUGCUGCGUUUCGAUGAAGGAGACCUAUUGCAGACUGAGACAACUAUAGGCCUCAGUUCUUACCAACAGAAAAGUGUAUCCCUAUAUCGGGGAAAUUGCCGACCUCUCCGGUUUGAGCCACCAAUGCUGGAUUUCCAUGAACAGCCAGUCGGAAUGCCAAAAAUGGAAAAAGUUUACCUACAUAACCCUAGCUCAGAAGAAACAAUUACAUUAGUAUCAAUAUCUGCUACAACAUCACAUUUUCAUGCAUCAUUCUUUCAGAAUAGGAAAAUUCUUCCAGGAGGGAAUACGUCCUUUGAUGUAGUUUUCCUCGCAAGAGUAGUGGGAAACGUAGAGAAUACUUUAUUUAUUAACACUUCUAAUCAUGGGAUAUUCACUUAUCAGGUGUUUGGCAUUGGAGUACCGAACCCCUAUCGAUUGCGCCCAUUUAUUGGGGCACGAGUUCCUGUAAAUAGCAGUUUUUCUCCUAUAAUAAAUAUACAUAACCCUCACAGUGAACCUUUGCAGGUGGUAGAAAUGUAUUCCAGUGGAGGUGAUCUCCAUUUAGAACUUCCAACAGGUCAGCAAGGAGGUACAAGGAAGCUAUGGGAAAUACCUCCAUAUGAAACAAAAGGAGUGAUGAGAGCCAGCUUUUCUUCAAGAGAAGCAGAUAAUCAUACAGCCUUCAUUAGAAUAAAAACAAAUGCCUCGGACAACACAGAAUUUAUUAUUCUCCCUGUUGAAGUAGAAGUUACAACAGCACCAGGAAUCUAUUCAUCAACAGAAAUGCUAGAUUUUGGUACACUACGAACGCAAGAUCUGCCAAAAAUUUUAAAUCUGCAUUUAUUAAAUUCAGGAACAAAAGAUGUGCCAAUUACA